UCCAAACAUACCCCUAAUUAUGCAACAAAGAAGAGUAAAAAGAAAAAAUAAGGUAUGUGCAGCAUUGAGAAUGUGGUGCUAUAAUGAAGAAGCAAAUGUUGACCCACUUGUACCAGAAGUUGAAGCCCCUCAGUCUCACCAGUCACUAGUGACGAAGGAACCAUCACUAUCAUUCUUCAUGCAUGACUUCCUUGGUGGGUCACACCCAUUAGCAAGAAUUGUAACAGGAAUAGUAGCAAACAGUGAUGUAACAGGCUUAUCAUUCUCCAAGCACAACAACAGCAUCUUCCCAAUCACAGGUGUAAUCCCUUUAGUCAAUCCCAAACUAAAUGGCAUCAUCACAAACAACAACUUACCAUUCGUUGCAGGCCUCGCAGGCCUCGGUAACGGUCAGUCAUCCUCCACCAUAUUCCAAAAUUGAGGUACCAACAACAUUGUCACGGGUGGUGACAACCAGCCUUUUGUUUUAGAAGGGAACCUUCCAGUAGUGUUUACAGUUCAAAAGCUGAUGUUUUGAUCUGUGACGGGGAUUGAUGACCAGUUGACUGAAGGGCACGAGUUGGAUUCAAAUGUGGUGGGAGCACAAGGGUUUGACAUGGCUAGCUCGUUGGAUGGUACUAGCCAGAGCGUUGUGAUGAGAGUGUUGCUGCAUGGCGAUGAUGAUCUCGAUAGCGUGGAAGACAGUAUAAGCUUGUUCGGUGUUCAUAGGACACCAUCACCAAAAUCUGAGGUUAUAGUGAUUGGUGGGAGUGGUAAGUGUGAGAAUGCAUGGGGGAUAUGCUUUGAGACACUGCUGAAGGAGGACCAGGCCACCACAUAUGGAGUCGACACCAUCCUCAAUUUUAAUAUCUACCUUAAUCACUAAUAUCUAGUUUCAUUCUCAUCGGACAUUUCGCAUUUGAUGUUUUGUAAUUCUGGGUACUUAGUUGCCACAUUUGAUAACAAUGAGUUGUUAUAUUUUUCC